AUGAAUCAGUUAAAGGAUGGGCCGACUGGAAAGGAAAACAUACCCACGAGACAUACUAAGUUGCUUCAGCGCCGCACCCAUGUCACGCAGGGAGGGAAGCUAGUUGCCACCCCUCUGCGCGACCAUGACGCCAAAAUGAACAAAUUACGCACAGGCGCCAAAAGUUCAGGAACAAAGUUCAGGGCUUCGUCGCCGUAUAGCGAAAUCGGUGACUUCGACGACGACUUCUCCGGGACGUAUCCAUCGCUCACAUCGAGCCAUAGCGUGUAUCGCGUGGUGAAGUCUGAGUGCAGUACAGGCAGUCAGAGUAAAAGUCAGCAGAAAGAGAAGACGGGCAGGCAGACUAAAACUAGUCAAAAAGUAAAGGACGGCUUGACCGUUGAGGCUCUGGCACUGUGCGCUGCUGAGAAAAAAGCUGCAACUGAUCUGCUCCAGCAAUCAGUCGACGACUAUGGGCUUGAUCUAGGUCUGGAGGAGGAUGCGCCUUUGGAUCCUUAUGAGACCGCAUUACGGGCUUCGAAGGCAGAGGAUGUAGCUGAAGUCCUGGAUAUAACCGCAGACGGGAGUGCUGUCGAAUUACAAUCCACAUUGUCUACACCUUCGGAUGACGGUGAUCUGAGCAAUUCAAAAGUUCCAGUUGCCGCUGUAAAGAAGGAAAAUAUUAUUGAUCUGGACGCAGACGAAGAUGAAGAUAAGGUGGCUCACUCAGGGGAGACGCUUACCGACGAGAGCACAUGGGAGGCAUUAGAUGCACGGGUUAUAGUGGACCCAUACUGGGACACGUUGAAUGCGAAGAUUCAGGAAGUUACGGCGCCGCUUCGUAGAACAGCAUCUCCUGAGGGCAAAGCUGCCCGUAUAGCGACUGCCGAACAAACCAAGGUACGCCUGAACACCGUGCGAGACGCGGUGGACGCUUUGCUUAAGCACAUUGAUUCUCUUCGAGGCGAUAUCAAUGCUUUCAUUGUAAAACUGUCGCCUGGAGGUGCAACCAAUUUUUUGCACAGCGUUACACAAACGACUGCAAUUUCGGCGAAACAGCGAAGUACAGACGCUGUCAUUGAAAGCAUUAGUCAGGAGUCAGGAGUGUCAGCACCUGGAGGGCAUCCUUUGGGCGACUAUGGCCAAAGUAACGCAAGGGUGGAGGGAGGACUUCGUACGAUACACUCGGAAGUUUCUAAAAAUGGGCAGUUACAUGAUAAUGUGUGUCGGUUAGGGAAUUCUAUAUCGACAGAUGCUGUUACAUCCAGCGCCACGGCGGAGGGUAAUUCAAACAGACACGCUCAUGAUUUCUCGGUCUCCAGGCGCUCAGGGACUGUGGGAGAUAGCAUCUUAAAUCAAAACCAUACGGAAGCCAAACCUCAGAACGUGAUGAUGCAGUCUGGUGCAUGUGACAUAUUCGAUGAGUCUGAUGACGACUAUGAUCCUGACAUUCCUCCAGAGUUUGAUGGUGUCGCCAGUAUCAACAAUGGAAGGCAGCCACGAAUCACAAGCGUAAAUACUACUGUGCGACCACAGGCCAAUCAAUCAACUGGCUAUUCGCACGGUGGCCAAGUAGCACAACAAACAAACAAUAAUAGUAGUUAUAAGCCGCAAGAAACCAAUAGCAAUAGCUCUCACGAGUAUAAACAGCAUCUCCCUAAUGAUUAUACGAAUGGUACUUCGAGGGAGAAUAAGCAGGGACAACCACAUUCUAUUAUGAACACUUCCAGAUACAACAAACAGCCCGAACCAGAAUAUGACGAUGGGUUAGAAGACGAUGCCUUUGUCGACUUCGAACCUUCCGUCAUGCCCAUCCUCAGGGACUCUGGUCGACCUGUGGCUCCAGCGUCUAAUAUAAACGCAUAUACCGGCAGCUCACAACAACGGCAAACCACUUUGAAACAAGGCACCAUUAACACUGGAGCCUUGAGUAGUAAAACGAACACCACCGGUCGCAAUAACGCCAGUAGCGCCCCCUCGCCUCUGGACAAAUUCAACGGCAACGAUUUCGCCUUCAGUCGAGAUAUACAAAAGAUUAUGUUAGGCAUCUUCGGAUUGAAGCAGUUCCGCAAACAUCAACUUCAAGCAGUUAACGCUACCAUGCUAGGACACGAUACCUUCAUCCUGAUGCCCACAGGAGGGGGGAAAAGUCUGUGCUACCAGUUGCCUGCAGUGGCCAGUAAAGGGGUCACGGUUGUGAUCUCGCCUCUGUUGUCGCUGAUCCAAGAUCAAGUUUCCGCGCUGGUGACUAAUAAUAUCAAAGCCUACCAUAUCGGGGCUAACAGCAACGAGGAAAAGAUAUACGUACAUCUGCGACAGCCUGACUGCAGUGGAAUUAAGUUAAUAUACGUCACUCCAGAAAAGUGCGUGAGAAGUCAGAAAACGAUGAGGACCUUCGAAUAUCUAUAUGCAAACGGUCUCCUAGCACGAGUGGUUAUCGAUGAGGCUCACUGUGUGAGUCAAUGGGGCCAUGACUUCAGGCCGGACUACAAAGAGCUUCGUAUGUUCAAGAACAAGUUUCCCAAGGUGCCGAUCAUGGCGCUCACGGCGACUGCCACUGAGAGAGUGAAGAGGGAUGUAGUGCAUCAACUCAAUCUGCGCAAAGAUUACGUUCUGUUGCAACAGAGUUUCAACCGUCCGAAUUUGCGAUAUUUCGUAACCAAAAAAACCAAGAAAAGCAUCGAUGAAAUCAUACAGAAUAUCAAAAAAAAAUAUAAAGGGAAAUGUGGGAUUAUAUAUUGUUACUCGCGUAAUGACACCGAGAAUACUGCCAGGGUUUUGCAAAACGAAGGAAUCAGCGCAGCACACUACCACGCAGGUUUAUCAGCAGAGGACCGUUUCCAAGUUCAGCUGAGUUGGCAGCAGGGCAGGACCAAAAUUAUCUGCGCCACUAUUGCAUUCGGUAUGGGUAUCGACAAGCCAAAUGUACGGUUUGUAGUACAUUACUCGAUUCCCAACUCGAUUGAAGGGUAUUAUCAAGAAAGCGGCCGUGGAGGCCGAGAUGGAAUGCCCGCGGACUGCAUACUUUACUUCAGUUACGGCGAUAAAGCAAAAAUGGAGGCCAUGUUUCAGAAAGAUAAAACACUGAACGGUACUCAACUGCAGGCAAAGAUGGACCAACUGCGUGGCGUUGUAAUGUACUGCGAAAAUAAUGUGGAGUGUCGCCGAUUUCUGACGCUAGGCUAUUUUGGCGACAAAUUUGAUCCAAAAGACUGUAGGAAGACAUGCGACAACUGCAUGAGCGGCCAGCAGUACAAGAAAGAAGAUUUCACCGAAAUGAGUAAAAAAUUUGUUCGAUGCGUUCAAGAAGUGCAAGGCAACGAAACGCUUCUGUCCUUUCUGGAUAUUCUUCGUGGAUCAAGGUGUAGAAAGGUCAUGCAGGCUGGAUACGACCAACUUAAGACCUACAACUGUGCACAGAGCAUAUCCAAAGUCGACUGCGAAAGACUGCUCCAUCAUCUGGUUAUGAAGGAUUUCUUAUUCGAGUCGAUCAAUAUAAACAGAUAUCAUCAGAGUGUUGUGACUUAUCUCAAGCUUGGGAAGAUGGCGUCAAGCCUUUUGGCAGGCAAAGCCAAAGUGAUAUUGGAUGUUGUAGAUUCACAGGCUAGCACACGAGAUAAGCUUAACAUAGUAUCAGACGCCGGGGAGUAUGAUUCGUUCUCCGCUAUCCAGAAGACACUUUGGAAAGAACUCAAUGGAGUGCGAAUGGAUCUAGCUUCAAAGCACGGAACUACUCAGCAGGCCAUUCUGACCGAACCUGCUCUGCUAGAAUUCGUCAAACUAAUGCCACGCACUGUUGAGGAAACUACAAAAGUCACUGGAUUCACGAAAGUGUUGGCGGGUAAAUUUGGUCAAGUGUUGAUAGACAAGGUUCUGGAAGUCAUACCUAUCACGGAAAUCUCUUUACCAGCAGCUCUCAGUGGAAAUUCAACUACAUCUCGACACUUGAAAAGGAGAUCACCGGAUGAAGACAACUUCGAGCAACCUGGUCAAACCAGUUCCACGAUCAACUCUUCUCGUCCCAAACGUUGGCGCCCUGAUUCAGGAGCUCAAAGUAGUUCCGGUUACGCCAGCAGUAUCAAUAGAGCCGCCAAUAAUAAUUUUGGGAAACGUAAUCAAGCCCAAAAUACACACAACGAAUCGAGAAACAAUCAAAACCAACGAGCGAACAAUAAUUCUAAAGGUGCCGUAGGUGGAUCAGGAUCGAACAAUAAAUCUGGGCCAAAUACGGGUGCACGUUCGAAUCAAACGAGUGCGUCGGGCAAGAAUGAUAACCUGGCGGUAUACAAGCAACCCGCGAAAUCAGGUGCGAGCAAUGGGAUCACGCUAAUGGUCCCUGGCUCGAGCAAACACAAACUGUUCCGACCUGCCGGCUGAGUACGUGGCUUGGGCUCUUCUUACCAGCAAUACAGUAAACAUUCAAAAGCGCUGGCGAUAAAUUUCCUAUCAGUGUGGCUAUAAAAAUACCCGCGCCUCCCGCCAAAUCACGUGCGGUUGAUACAGUUUCUCUUAAAAUACCGUGCUCGGACUUGCUUCCUUCAUCUGGAGUUUAAAUGGCGAGAUCAAGCACCAGGUGUACUCGUGACCUACGACAGCUCCUUGUACGAUUCGUUUCUAUGAAGACAGACGUGCACCUGCAGUAAACUCCGUGCAGUACUAGGCAGUCGGCGAUCCUUCCACCGGAAGUUUUAAUCAUUUUCCAACAUCAACAAUAGCUUUAAAUAGGGCACUCCUGGUUGCUAUCAUAGUAAGAUGGAGUAUCUCUGCUGCUUUUGUGGAUCGAAAUCGAUGAUCUCUUCGACUGCAGGCUAUCGCUUAUCCGUACCUGGUCUAAGUGUAUUCCGGUAGGCGAUUGGAAGGGUAGACUUGUGCAACCCAAUAGACACAUGAAGCAAGUACAAUCGCGAUAACCUGAAGGACUAUGGUUAUAAUGUAUAUCGGAAUGCGUCGUGUAUUCAGUCGAGGGCUACCAUCAUCGAGCGUAUUCAGCUCUGCGUGGCUACACUCACCUUUGAUUUCAGGUGUUUUGACAAAUAAAAGAUCGACAUAGUAUGCAAUAUAUCAGGCAGCGAGCCCCAAGUGAUCCGAAUAAAAUAUUCCUC